ACACACACACUAUAGUGCACAUGAACACGCCCACACACACACACGAUAGUACACAUGAACACGAACGCACACACACACAAACCACUUGUAAAACAGGAACGUGUUCAUGCAAAUAAUUGUAUGUAUUUUCAGUGACAAGAAGGACACAAGGAAAUCAACUCGUCAGACUGAGCCAGGCUUUGUUCAAAGCUGGCAGAGGGGGAAAUCCAUAACUUAAUGUCUGAAGUAUUCACUUCAGAAAGAAGUGCAUACUGACGUCAUAUUCAAGGUGGGGCAGUCACAAAAGAACAUGCAGGCGCACAAACUUAUACUGAGUUUGCGCAGCUGCGUGUUCGAAGCCAUGUUAAAGGGCCCAUUGGCAGAGCAGGAUAACAUAGUUAUACCGGAUGUGGAACCAGCCAUCUUUGAAGAAUUUCUACAGUAUCUGUAUACGGACGAAGUCACGCUCACCGGUGACAAUGUAAUCGGCCUGCUGUAUGUGUCCAAGAAGUAUGACGUCAGUACCCUCGAACAGCUGUGUCUGACGUAUUUGUCGUCAUCGAUGACGUCAGACGACGCUUGCUUCGUAAUGGAGCAAGCGCACCUUUACGAUGAAAUACAACUGAUGGAGAAGUCACUGAACUUUAUUUUAGAAAAUGGUGAUGCCGCUCUUAAGUCGGCUGGACUCAUCUCUCUCUGUCAUGAAUGUUUGGUUAAGAUCGCAAAAGAGGACAAACUGGAGGCAGAUGAGAAAUCAGUCUUUGAAGCUGCCAUGAUUUGGAGUGAGAGCGCGUGCAGGAAACAAAACAAGGAUUUAAGUCCAGAAAGCAGACGAGAGGUCCUUGGAGAAGUCAUAACGCACGUGCGCUAUCCAUUGCUAGAUGAGGAAUAUUUCGUGAGAAACGUCGUACCUAUGAAAGUAUUAACAGGUUCAGAAGAAAGUAAGAUAUUUCAAUACUGGGUGUGCCCAGAUGUCAAUGUUUCACCGUUUAAUCCCAAAAAGCGCACUGGCGGGAUAAAGUUAGAGUACCCUGAUUAUUGUUCAAAAACCCCCCAAAAAAACCCAAAAAAAACAACAAAAAAAUUGUCAUUUUAUGACACAGAUUUCCUUUCACCAUAGAGAUGAUCAAAAAUAAAAAAUACAAUCUGGUCGUUAACCCUUUAAUGCCCUUGGCAAAACUAGCAUGAAUUCAGAAAAAAAAUGGUUUGUGAAUAAACGUAGCAUCAUUUUAGAACACUUUUGAGGUUAUUUGAAAUAUGUAUAUAUAUAUAUAUAUUUUUUUUUUUUUUUUUUUUUUUUUUUUUCCGUAAGUGCUUUUUGUACUUAAAAUAGUACACAUUUAAAUUCUUAGCUCAGUUCAAAUAGAUAGAGGUUAUUAUACGAGCUUGUGUGUCGUACUGAUUUUACGAAACGAGGGUCAGGAUUAUUGUAUUAACUGAGCGAGAGCGAGGGUAAUACAUGAAUUCUGACACGAGUUUCGUAAAAUCAAUACGAUUCACACGCCAAUGUAAUAAUUUCUUUAUUAGCCACAUUAUCAAAUAUAUUAUUUUUAUGAAUGACAAGCUAGGACCAUGCCAAAAGGUUUGAUACGUAACUAAAACGAGACGACGAAACGACGUUAUUUUCGGAAAUUAAGGACCACACAGAUUGAGAGAGGAAACUCGCUGUCGCCACUUCAUGGGCUACUCUUUUCGAUUAGCAGUAAGCAAUCUUUUUUUUAUAUAUGCCCCAUCCCAUAGAGAGGAUAGCACAUACCACGACAUUUGAUGUACCAGUCGCGGUGCACUAGCUGGUCAAACGUUAUGACGUUCAAUUUACAAAUAUACACGCAUGUAAUUUAUUGUAUAAUCAAUACGAAAUUAUUUGUGUUUUUAUGUUUCAUAUAUUAUUUACAUUUUCCUAUAUUAUCUGGCAACCUGUUAAAGGCAUAUUGUCGCAGACCACUGACCUAUUUAAUGGUCUAACAAAGCAUUACC